AUGGGAAAGGACAUUCCUCAGAUUGUCUACGCUGAAAGGCCUCUCACGGACAACCACAGGUCACUGGCUUCCUACGGCCUGAAGGACGGAGAUGUUGUGAUCUUACGACAGAAGGAGAAUGCAGACCCUCGACCCGCAGCGCAGUUUCCAAACUUGCCCCGAAUAGACUUCCGUAGCAUAGCUGUGCCUGGCACGUCCAGCUCCCGGCAGCGGCAGCCACCAGGAGCCCAGCAGUCCCGUUCAUCACCCAGAGAUCUGGCCUCAUCUCCACAGGGCUUGGACAACCCGGCCCUGCUCCGAGACAUGUUGCUGGCCAACCCCCAUGAGCUGUCUUUGCUGAAGGAGCGCAACCCUCCCCUGGCCGACGCGCUGCUCAGCGGAGAUCUUGAGAAGUUUUCUAGGGUCCUGGUGGAGCAGCAGCAGGACCGAGCCCGGAGAGAGCAAGAAAGGAUCCGCCUCUUUUCUGCUGACCCCUUUGAUCUUGAAGCUCAGGCAAAAAUAGAAGAAGACAUAAGGCAGCAGAACAUUGAGGAGAACAUGACGAUUGCUAUGGAAGAGGCUCCGGAGAGUUUCGGCCAAGUCGUGAUGCUUUAUAUUAACUGCAAAGUGAAUGGACAUCCCGUGAAAGCCUUUGUUGACUCAGGUGCCCAGAUGACCAUUAUGAGCCAAGCUUGUGCAGAAAGGUGUAACAUAAUGAGGCUGGUGGACCGUCGGUGGGCAGGGAUCGCCAAAGGAGUGGGCACCCAGAAGAUUAUCGGAAGGGUGCAUCUAGCUCAGGUGCAGAUUGAAGGCGACUUCCUGGCCUGUUCCUUCUCUAUACUCGAGGAGCAGCCCAUGGACAUGCUCCUGGGACUGGACAUGCUGAAGCGGCACCAGUGUUCCAUUGACCUCAAGAAAAAUGUGCUUGUGAUCGGCACCACCGGCUCCCAGACCAGCUUCCUCCCGGAGGGAGAGCUCCCGGAGUGCGCCCGCCUGGCAUACGGGGCCGGGCGGGAGGAGGUGCGGCCGGAGGAGAUAGCAGACCGGGAAUUGGCAGAAGCCCUUCAAAAAUCCGUCCAGGAUGCAGAGAAAAGCAGUGAAGAAACUACCUCACUGGGAAUGUCAUCGUUACCAGCUUCAGAUGGAUGCAACCGUCCGGCCCGUCCUCCGGGACAGAGUCCUGAGAUCGGCAGUCCCGCGGGUCUUGCUCACUCUGUCUCUGCUUCAGUCUGCCCUAUGGAGCCCGGCGACCCUGAAGCCGUGAAGGCUUCCACUGCGUUCCGGACCACCUCCGAACGGAAAGAGCAUCUUCCUCUCCAGGAUCCCCCCAACUGCGCUUCUCCAGCAGCCAGCGCUCCUGCUGACCAUGGUCGCACUAUGCCUUCGCAGAACUCACCCCAGGAGGCCACUGUCACAGAUGAUCUGGAGACACCAGCUGCUGGGAGAAGCACCCAGGGCCUCGAUGCUCAUCUCCUCAGUAGACAGGAAGUGUCUGUCACCACGCCUGGGAUGCAGGAACCACAGACGUCUCUAAGGGAGAGGGGUUGGCAUCCAGAACAUCCGAAUCUGAGUCAGAGUGGCCUGCACGAGGAACCGGGGAAUGGGCAGCAGGAGGCUGUACAGCAGGAUGUGCCACGUGACCAAGAGCAUCCCCGUGACAGGGAGGGCCUUGAACUUCUCAGAGAAAGGCCACAGAAUCCACCAGAAAGUGCUGGUGUGGAGGCUGCGAUAAGAGGAGAUGGGGUGCAGCAGAAUGUGGGCCCUCCAGGUGCACAGAACAGUCCUCCCUCGGGGGGCUUUGCCUGCUCAAACUCAAACUCAGAAACACUGAUGGAGGUCGACAUGGCUGAGCAGCCCCUCCCUGCUGAGCCUGGUUUGGCAGGCAGGCAGCUUGCCAGCAUCCAGGACACGGGCACAUCUGACCUCCCCUUAGACAAUCCCCUGAUGGAAGUAGAAACAUCAAAAUGCAGCCCCACAUCUGAAAUUCUUAGUAGUUCGAUGUCCACUCAGAAUUUACAGCUCCGGGAAAGUAGUGUGGAAAUACCCGGAACAGAUAGAGAUCGUGGGGCUCGCUCCUCCUCUGUAGGUCUCUGUGGCAGGUGUCAGCCCUCCGUGGACUCAACGGAGGGGUCUCGCUCGUCGAUCACAGCAGCCCUGAAGGAACUUCAAGGCCUUUUGGUCACUAGUAGCAAACCAGCUUCAGAAAAUGCAUCUGAAGAAGCCCCCUGUCAGUCAGAAACAGAAACUGAGGGCCAGGCAGGCUUUGGGGUCCUUUCUGAGAGGUGGAUCCAGAGUGAGCAGCAUUCCCAAGUCUCCUUUCAACAGACCACAUCUGUGUCGGUGAAGACAGACAGACAAGCAGGUGCUUCAGCUGGCAUGGGCGCGGGAGGCAGAGAAAAUACCAACUUCAGGGGUCUAGCUGGCGGCCUGGUAACUGGUGGGGAAGGUGUCCCCAAGUCUAGGGAACCGGUAAAUGAGAGCAGUCCCACCAGUCUGGCCUCAGCUGAGACAUCCGGUCAGCUGCACUGCGCCAUAGGUGUGGACGUCUCACCCAAACACUCAGCCGGCGAGGGCGAUGCUCCCAGUCCGAACUCGGAGCAACCUAAGUCCUUGUUAUCAGGUUCCAUAUCAGUUCAAGAUCUGGGUCGAGCCGCACAGAACCCAGGGACAGAUGGGCCCGAUACUACAGGAAACAUCUGUCCUGAGGCCCCAGGGCCAGCUGUUGAAUUUGAGCCACGUACCAGCUGUCCGCCACCAAGUCCCUUGGUUCUUCCUCCGUCACUUUUCCCCACUGCAGAUGUCGACCGGCUUCUCCGCGCCGGCUUUACUUUGCAGGAAGCUCUAGGGGCUCUGCAGCAGGUUGGUGGGAAUGCAGACCUCGCCCUUCUUAUCCUGCUAGCAAAGAACAUUGUAGUUCCUACGUAACCGGAAAGGGGCUGGACCGCGCUCAUUCCCUUAAAGCGAAGCUCUAUACACACACUCACCACUCACACCACACAUACACGUACCCCACACACAUACACACACCAUUCACACACCACAUACA